AUGAAUCCCAGCCGGUUCCAUCGAUUAUGGUUAUGGAUAUUGACAGGCUUCGUGUUCGUGGCAUCGACCAUCUGCAUCAUUGUUCUCUUUACCAUGUGUGAUCCUCCUCAGGCUUUAUGGAAGGUUCAUCUCAUGAGUAAAGGGGCAAAAUGUCGUUCGACCACGAUCCUGGUGGGCUAUGCAAUCUUCACUGGAGUUCUGUCUGCGGUGGUCGAUCUAUAUCUUGCGAUUUAUCCGACUGUGGUAUUGCUCCAACUUCAAAUGUCGCUGAAGAAAAAAUUGGCCCUGUGCGCAGCUCUAGGGAUGGGUGCCGUAGCCUGUGCAAUGGCUAUUGUCAAGUGUCUACAGUUACCGGGUUUAUAUAACACGUCAGACUCGACAUACGCAACAGCAGAUCUUGUUAUCUGGACGAGUGUCGAGUCGAACAUCGUCAUCAUGGCUUCCUGCAUCCCAACCUUGGGUCCGAUGUAUGAAAUGAUCCGAGGCAAACGUUCCUGGAGCUCUCACGGGCGCUACGACAGCGGCAAGUUGCGGUCUUACACGGAUAGACCCACGAAGAAAUCGGCAAGCAACAAUCGUGAUGACGACGAUAUCCUCAUGAAAACGAAUAUUGGGACUACAAGGAGCGGUAGCCAAGAAAGCAUAUUGAAUUCGGAUCAGCUCCGGAAUGAAGCCCAUGUGGCCGGCAAGAUUCAUCGCACGGAUCAGGUAAAGAUUGAGUAUGGGGAAAGACAACAAGGUGACCACGAACCAAGACCUUCAUGGUAG